AUGAUCUACAUUAAAUAUUCGAUCAAUAACAAUAUUUUGCCAUCCGAAAGAAGAAGUUCGCAAAGUGUUAAUGACAAUAGAAUUCCAUCGAUUGUACAUUUUGUCAUUGGACAAGGUGAUAAAGAUGAUAUCCGGCAUAGGUAUCAAAGAUCAACUCCAUUUUCGUUCAUCAACUAUCUCACAUUUCUUGCUGCUGGUCGGCAUCUUCGUCCAAAGAAAUUCUUUGUUCAUUAUUAUUAUGAACCUAAUUCAUUUUGGUGGAAUAAAACCAAACUUGAUCCUGAAAUAAAUGUUACCCUGAUAAAGAGACGACAAGUAAAGGAAAUUUUCAAAAAAAACGUAGAUCAUCAUGCUCAUCGUGGAGAUAUUAUGCGACUCGAAAUACUCAUUGAAUAUGGAGGAAUUUAUUUGGAUUCAGAUGUAUUAACACUUCGUUCAUUUGUUCCAUUAUUGAAUUUGAAUGAUGUUGUUAUGGCUCAUCAAGAUGAUCAAGAGGCAGCUUGUAAUGCAGUGAUAUUAGCAAAAAAAGAUGCCACAUUUCUGAAACGUUUAUAUGAUGCUUAUCAAAGUUUCGAUCAGAAUUGUUGGGAUUGCCAUUCAGUCAGACUUCCAGGACGUUUAGCGUCGAUCUAUCCGAAUGAAAUCACUGUCUUACCUACUAACACAUUUUUUCGUCCCAGUUGGAAUGAAAAAGAAGCUUUAUAUGAAUCAAACAACUAUAAUUUCACUCCGAACUAUGCGUGUCAUCUUUGGAAUAAGAUAAACAAUCAUAAUUAUCUCAGUCGAUUAACACCUGAAGUGGCCCUAAGUGCAAAUAAUACUUUUGGACGAAUGUUACGUCAUGCCAUCGGCAAUGCUACUUUGAUCAAACUCAAGCAAUUCUUUAGCUCGUGA